AUGGCGCCUAUUGAGUACCUGCUUUUCGAAGAGCCCACGGGCUACGGGAUCUUUAAAGUUAAAUUGCAGCAAGAUGACAUUGGGUCUCGGUUGAAGGAAGUACAGCAACAGAUCAACGAUUUCGGUGCUUUCACCAAGCUGGUGGAACUGGUGUCGUUCGCACCUUUCAAAGGUGCUGCCCAGGCUCUGGAAAAUGCCAACGACAUUUCCGAAGGUUUGGUUUCUGACUACUUGAAGGCUGUUUUGGACAUGAAUCUGCCAAAGGGCUCUACCAAGAAGCCUGUGACCUUGGGUAUCUCUGACAAGAACCUGGGACCAUCCAUCAAGGAGUCUUUCCCAUACGUGGACUGCAUGUCCAACGAGCUGGCACAGGACUUGAUCCGUGGUGUCAGAAUGCACGGCGACAAACUUCUAAAGGAUUUGCAACAAGGCGAUCUGGAAAGAGCACAAUUGGGUCUUGGACACGCUUACUCCAGAGCCAAGGUGAAGUUUUCCGUCCAGAAAAACGACAACCACAUCAUUCAAGCGAUCGCUUUGUUGGACCAGCUAGACAAGGACAUCAACACUUUUGCCAUGCGUGUCAAGGAAUGGUACGGCUGGCAUUUCCCUGAACUGGCCAAGCUAGUCCCAGAUAACUACAAGUUCGCCAAGCUUGUUUUGUUCAUCAAGGACAAGGCCUCUCUUUCGGAAGACUCAGUACAUGACCUUGCUGCCAUCUUGGACAAUGACGCCGGUAUUGCCGAGCGCGUCGUUGACAACGCCCGUAUCUCGAUGGGUCAAGAUAUCUCUGAGACCGAUAUGGAGAACGUUUGUGUUUUCGCCGAAAGAACUGCGUCCCUAGCCGACUACCGUAGACAACUAUACGACUACCUGUGCUCGAAGAUGCACACAGUGGCUCCUAAUUUGUCCGAACUGAUUGGUGAGGUGAUCGGUGCCAGACUGAUCUCCCACGCCGGUUCUUUGACCAACUUGUCCAAGCAAGCAGCCUCUACUGUUCAGAUUCUAGGUGCUGAAAAGGCUCUUUUCAGAGCGCUAAAGACCAAGGGUAACACUCCAAAGUAUGGUCUCAUCUAUCACAGUGGUUUCAUUGGAAAGGCCGCUGCUAAGAACAAGGGUAGAAUCUCAAGAUAUUUGGCGAACAAGUGUUCUAUGGCCUCUAGAAUUGACAACUACUCCGACGAACCAAGCAAUAUUUUCGGUCAAGUGUUGAAGAAGCAGGUAGAACAAAGACUUGAAUUCUACAGCACAGGUGCGCCAACUUUGAAGAAUGAGUUGGCCAUCCAGGAAGCUAUUGAACUUUACAACAAGGACAAGCCUGUGGAAGUCACCAAGGACUCAAAGAAGAGAAAGCUUGAAGCCAGUGACGACGAAGAAGAAGAGGAAGAGGACGACAAGAAGGUGAUCAAGAAAGAGAAGAAAGAAAAGAAGGAGAAGAAAGAGAAGAAGGAGAAGAAAGAGAAGAAAGAAAAGAAGGAGAAGAAGGACAAGAAGGAAAAGAAGGAAAAGAAGGACAAGAAGAAAUAG